UCUGGGAGUUGGUUUUCACUUCCUGCCCCUUCUGUGCUUUUGUCUGCACUGGACGCUGCUGAGGGCACACCUGAGAGGUGAAGGUGUAGGGGACCAGGGGGACACCCCACUCCUGGCAUCGGUCCAUCUAAGGCCGCACAGGAAAGGACUAGGGUCACAAGGCGGGAAGGAUUGGGUUGCCGAAAUGGCCAGAGGAAGACCAGGUCCACAGACCGGACUCUGGGUCUGCCUGGUGCUGGUAGCAAGGGUGGUCUUUGGUGAAGAGCAGGAGACAAAGCCCUUUGGAGAAAUGUGCCUGGAGAACUUUACAGCAGGGAUACCGAGUUUGGUGCUGGACACGGAUGCCUCCGUUCAGAAUGGAGCCACCUUCUUAUCAUCCCCCAUGGUCCAUCGGAGCAGGGACUGCAUGAGGGCUUGCUGUAAGGACCCUGCUUGUAACCUGGCCCUUGUGGAGCAGGACCCGGCCUCAGAGGAAGACCACAUCCGGGGCUGCUUUCUCCUCAACUGUCUCUACGAGCAGACAUUCGUCUGCAGGUUCGCCAGGAAGGUCGGCUUUCUCAACUUCCUGAAGAGGGACGUCUACGAUACCUACCACCAGGCAAUACAGAAACAUGGAUCUAGUGAUGACCGUCCUCCAAUAGCCCGUGCUGGCAUGGACAUGCGGGUGCAGCCAGGGGAGCCAGUGAUGCUGAGAGGCACAGACAGCACAGAUGACCACGGGAUUGUCACGUAUGAAUGGAAACAGGUCCUCGGUGACCCCUCUGUGGAGAUAAAGAAGCUUGAAGAAGACCAGGCAGAAAUCUCCAACCUACAGGUGGGCACUUACGUCUUCCAGCUUACUGUCACAGACACUGCCCAGCAGCAAGACUUCACCAACAUCACCAUCAUAGUGCUGAAUUCUGAGCAGACUGAAGAGCAUUGCUUGACUCCAAAGAAGGUUGGUUGGUGUCGAGGCUCUUUUCCACGUUGGUUUUAUAACCCAACUCUUCAGCAGUGUCAGGAGUUCAUUUUUGGCGGCUGCAAACCUAACAAGAAUAACUAUUUACGGGAAGAGGAAUGUAAACUUGCCUGCAGGAAUGUUAAAGGCUCUAUCAGCGGGCGACAAAUGCCAGUAUGCAAUGGGAAUUGUCAGGCCUCCUCGUUCAGAUGCAAGGAUGGCUGCUGCAUUGAUGCCUAUCUGGAGUGUGAUGAAACUCCAGACUGUGCUGAUGGAUCAGACGAGGUGUAUUGUGAACAAUAUGCUCGUGAGUUCAAUAGACUGCAGAAAAUCAAUGUCACACAUAAGCAAGCUCACUGCGUGGACUUGCCUGACACUGGACAGUGCACAGACAGCAUCCCUCGCUGGUACUAUAAUCCCUUCUCUGAGAAAUGCGACCGCUUCACCUACGGGGGCUGUGAUGGCAACAUGAACAACUUUGAAGAAGAGGAAGAGUGCAUGAAAUCAUGUUCAGGCGUCACAAAAAAAGAUGCCAUUGGUCGGAGAUGGGAAACAUUUGAACCUCACAGUGAUAUGUUGAGUGCCUUUGAAGUGGUGAUUGCUGUGCUUCUUGGGAUCUGCAUCAUGGUGGUUCUGGCCAUCAUAGGCUACUUCUUCCUGAAGAGCAGAAGGAAGAGCAGCCGCCGCCGCCAGCCAACCACUGCUACCAACUCGACCCUGUCCACUACAGAGGACACCGAGCAUCUGUUUUACAACGGUGCCACCAAACCAGUCUGACCUGCUCCAGUCUCUCUCCCAGCCACACACUGGGACAUUCCCAAGAACUUCUGGAGUUUUGCUUUUAGAUGGGGGCCUCGGCCUGGAGGGCUCUUUCUUAGAAGACAUUGGUAGCCUGAGGCCAAGAUCUAGCCAUGAUUUGGCAGUAAUGUGGCUAAAUUGACAUGGCUAAAUGAUUGUCGUGGCUAAACGGCUGCUCUGGACUCAGGACCUGGGAGCAUUCUGAUGCUCUCUGAGGUCUAUCUCUUCCUAACCUCAAGCAAUCCAGUGAAACUUUGAAUGACAUCUUUCUUCUUGCUCAAAUCUGGAGCACAGCUCAGCUCUGCUUACUGAAGGACCCUGAGAUUGAAUCUGUGUAGCAUUCAUAACGGUGAAUGGUACAAGCUCACCAUGGCCAGCAAUUUUUUGUUUGCAGUGCUGCUUCCUGCCACUUGGCUUCAGAUUUUCUACCCUUUCUCCCAAACCUUUGCCAAGUUGCCCUGCCUUCCAGCUGUCCUCCUGGUCGUGGUGAGUCCUGUGCGGGCUGCGUGCUUCUGGUAACCGGCCAGACCUGGGCUGGACCUGUUCUGAGCCCUGCAACACUUUCCAGUGGUUUCUGUUCUCAAGACAGAAGGAAAAACAAAUAACCUGUUUUAAUCACUAGGCUUUGCUUUUUAACAGAAAAGCACACCUAGAGUUUUUCUGCCUGGCUGCCAUGUUGCAGCCACCUACAUACAGUAUGUGUCCUCCACUUUGUGAGUUGCCCUGAUUGCUUUUCCAGUGUUCAGUCUGACCCUGAACAUGCUCAUAAAAUACCUAUUUAUUCUCACGUGAAAUGAAAGGGAAUGCCCAAACUUUUUCUGCUGAUGCUGAAGGGAGGGCAGAAGGAUCAAGCUCCCCAUUGCUGCUGUGGUGCCAGCUAGUGUUGCCCAUGGGAAAUCUCUGCUCCCAAGGAAACCUUGGGGAAAGCACUGCUUGCAGUGUGGGAAAUAUGCUUGAGGGAGGAAGGGAAGGAGAGGUUGCUGGGGAGAAGCACAGUGAAGGGAUGUUUGAAGGAACCAGAGGGUUUCCUGGAGGCACUGAUGCCAUCUGUGUGGUCCUGGCUGUGGUGAGCCGAGCUGGUAGCUGAUGCUUCCUCCAGGAAGCUUGUGCUGCUGCUUCAGUGUUACUACCCUCUCCACAGCCUCUCUCUCACCUGAGUCCCUGGCAUCAGGCGCAUGGCCAGCGAAUGUCCCCAGAUGUCCUUCCUGCUGGCCUGUCCCUCUUGGUGCAAGAUGAACCCACCCUGUGGGGCCCAGAGCUCAUCCCUGGGCCUGUGGCAGCAUGUAACAGCUCCACCACACUGAGGUGCUGUGUUUUCCCCGUGGCUGAUGAAGCAGGAUGCCACCAGCUUUGCAUGGCUGCAUCUCCAGCAUCAGGCUUGUGCCUCUGGAUGCUGAGGGUUUCUGCUGUGAACAGAAGCUGAUGUUUCUGUAGUCCCUGGUAUGCUCAGUCUGGCGUGGGAUUGGUACCAGUCCCUGAACCCCCUUUGCCUGCUGCUCCUGGAAAACUGCUGUGAAAAGAGAGGAAAUCAGGGUGUGUGAUGUGUUUGUGUGUGUGCGCGCGUGUGUGUAAGAAAGCACAAAUUUAUGUACAGAUUUUAGUUUAAAUUCUUGGACCCUUUCAAGGCUGGAAGGGAGGAAAUGGCUGCCCACAGCGUGGUGGCAAUCCAGCUGCCUCUCCCUGUUGCAGGAGGGCUUGUUUGAUUCCUCCAUGGCUUUUAAUGGCCUGUCUUGUAUCAUUUCUUCCAUCACUGUUUUUCUUCCAGCCUAUGCAAUAAACUUACCAUCUUGAUUUACUUUUUGUGCACCCUCUCUGAUAAUACAAGUUGCAAUAAAUGGGAAUUGUUUGUCUUAUCUGA